AGUGUUUAACCUCAAUGAACGUUAUUUUGUGAGUAAAACGCAUGCACACACGAGUAACAGAAAAGGUGCGCCUGAUUUCGAUGCCUAUAUCGCGAAUCCGUUAAACGAAAACAUGAAUUUGGCCUCUAGCCACUAAGAUGAGAGAAAAGGAUCUUUCAAACUACGAGUCAAAUGAAUCAACUGCUUAAAAAACGAUUCACUCGCUCGAAUCACCAACACUGACCAGAACUGCAGGGUCAACGAGAACAACAAACAAACAGUCCAAAUGCACUAAAAACCCUCCCGAAGCAGCGGAGAUCCUCGUCUCAUAGGCUUCUGUUAUAACGAUGGCGUUUAUUAAAGAGGAGACUGACGACGUUAAGAUUGAAGAUGCGAUCGGAGUGAAACAAGAAGAUGCUGAAGAACAAACAGACCUAAUGACGUUGAAAGAGGAGAGUGAUGUAUUAAAUGUAUCGGAAGAGAAAAGAGGGUUUGAGAAACUUUGUGAUUUCAUUACUGGUGGAAAACCCACAGAGAUUGAGACGGUGUCCUCCCCAAACACAGCUAAGAGUUACUCCACCUGCCGUCAGUGUGGAAAGAGUUUCAGUAAAAAACGAAAUCUUGAAGUCCACAUGAGGAUUCACACCGGAGAGAAGCCUUACACCUGCCAACAGUGUAAGAAAAGUUUCACUCAAAAACAAAACCUUAACGUCCACAUGAGAAUUCACACCGGAGAGAAGCCCUUUACCUGCCAACGGUGUGGACAGAGCUUCACCAACAAAGGAAACCUUAACGCUCACCUGAGAAGCCACACCGGAGAGAAGCCGUUCACCUGCCAGCGCUGCGGGAAGAGCUUUACACAGAAAGUAAACCUGGAGGUUCACACGAGGCUUCACACCGGAGAGAGGCCUUUCAUGUGCCUUCAGUGUGAGAAGAGUUUCAUAUAUAAAAGAGACUUGAAACGGCAUUUGCCAAUUCAUUCUAGAAAGAAUUCAAAGUGUUCCGAGUGUGAGAGGUUUAGAAACAGAAGAAAUUUCAAAAAACACCUUUGCAUUCAGUCUGGAGCGAGGAGGAUUCAUUAAAAUUAUUUUGCCAUCACACCUGGAAAGUCACAAGCAUGUGAGACCCUGCUGGUGUUCUUUGUGUGGAAAGAGUUUUAAGUUGCUGCACAAUUUACAAUCACAAUCUGUGUGCAAUGAAAGCUAAGGUAGAUGCUUUCUGUGCUGCUCGUGUAACGGUAACCACCGGGUCUCGAGCUGCUCCCGGGCCGCAAGAAAGUUCUGGGAAAAGUGUCUAUCUGUUAUUUAUUGUGCAUUAAUGAUUGUUCUAAUUAUUCUGUAUUUUCAUUGUAUGCGAUUGAUAUGGAGUAUCGAUUUCAUGUUAAAUUUGUAAAUGAACGAUUGCUCUGAUCUGUCAGUGUCUAUAUUUAGGGGUUGAAACGGAGUGUAGUUGAUACGUACGGACCAGACCCCCCCGUUCGGCACGCAUGUGAUUCGCAGAUUUAAUUUGCCAAUUUACACGUUCAGGCAAUUUUAAACGACAGGAAGAAGAAACAAAAGAGAACUCCGUUUGUUACUCAUGCGCUGUUCUCACACACGAGCACAGAGACGUGUUUCAGACUGCGCAGAAAUACCGAGUUCAUUUCUCUUUCGCGUCUCCCUGCAUUUAACUCUGUAUAGCUAUCUUUGUGAGGACAUACAUUGACACAAUGCGAUCUCUAGCUCCUGACCCUAACCUUCAGAACUAAGUGCCUCACCCAAACCCUUACCCUAAACCUGCCCUUUACCCAAUUAUAACCUGACCCCUGAAACCAAGUCUUGACCCUCAGACAGGCCUUUAAAGGGGUCCCAGAAAGUGAGAACCGGCCAAAAUGUCCUCACUUUACAAGAUUGUCCUCACUCCGAUGGUCUAAAACUCAAACCGGCCCUCACAAAGAUAGCUGUACAAGUGCACACACACACACGUUCGUUUUUGUGAAAAGUGGGGACUCUCCAUAGGCGUAAUGGUUUUUAUACUGUACUUACUGUAUGUGCUAUUGUCCUACACCAACCCUACACCUAAACCUACCCCUUACAGGAGACUGUGCAUUUCAACUUUCCCCAAAAAAACCUCAUUCUGAGUGAUUUAUAAGCGUUUUGAAAAGUGGGGACAUGGGUCAAUGUCCUGAGAUGCCACCUUCACCUUGUAAUA